GGAGAUCCCAGGAACAAGGAGAGAAGGCAAACCCCAGGAAUGGGAACAAAAGCAGGACCCCUGAAAUAAAAAUGGGAACAGCAAGAGGAACCCCAGGCACAGGGAUGGAGAGGGAAAGGGGGAUGCCAGAAAUAGGAUAAGAAGAAAAGGGGGACCCCAGGCACAGGGAUGUGGAGGGAAGGGGGGAUCCCAGCAAUAGAACAGGGGGACCCCAGGAACAGGGUGGGGAGGGCAAAGGGCACCCCAAACCCUGCUGCAGUUCGGGGCUCCCAGCACUCGGGGGCUGCCCCACAGUUCCCCCUGUUCCCAACCCACCCUCGUGCCAGGAAGGAGCAGUCAGAGGUGUCCCCCCACUUUUUGGGUGAAAAAAGGGGGAAAAGAGUGAACAGGAGCUGGCGGCCCCGGGGGACAGCGGGGUCCCCUCGGCGUGUCCCCGGCAGGACACGGCGCUCCCGGCAUGCGGGGACGGGGGGUGACCCCCAGGAUCCCGCCUUGCAGGGGCGAGGAAUCCCUCGGCUGCUUCCAUGGAUUCCCAGAGUGGCGGCGAGGCCCCGGCCCUGGACGGUUUCCCCCUGAAGCAUUCCAACACCUUGACCAACAGGCAGAGAGGCAACGAGGUGUCAGCGCUGCCAGCCACGCUGGACAGGAAUUCUUUUCCCAUGUUUCUAUCUCUCCCAGCGCUGUCCAUCCACCAGCUGGCCGCCCAAGGGGAGCUCGUCCAGCUGAAGGAGCACCUCAAGAAAGGUGAGAAUUUGGUGAACAAACCGGACGAGAGGGGCUUCACCCCCCUGAUCUGGGCCGCGGCCUUCGGGGAGAUCGAGACCGUGCGGCACCUCCUGGAGUGGGGCGCGGACCCCCACGCGCUGGCCAAGGAGCGGGAGAGCGCGCUGGCGCUGGCCAGCAUGGGCGGCUACACCGACAUUGUCACCCUGCUGCUGGACAGGGACGUGGACAUCAACACCUACGACUGGAACGGGGGCACCCCCCUACUCUACGCCGUGCGCGGGAACCACGUCAAGUGUGUGGAGGCCCUGCUGGCGGGCGGCGCUGACCUGACGGAGGAGGCGGAUUCGGGGUACACCCCCAUGGACCUGGCCGUGGCCCUGGGGCACAAGAAAGUCCAGCAGGUGAUCGAGAGUCACAUCCUGAAGCUGUUCCGCAACAAGAGGAGGAAGAAGUGAGGGGACACCUCCAGCUGUCCCCAAGGCCACCACGGCCUCAGCCCAGCCUGGAACAGGCUCCAGGCACGGAGAAAUCCGGGAAUUCCUGCCCUGCCUGGAUCCAAGGUGCCUCAAAUCCAGGGACGCUCAUUCCAGCCCCAGCUGGGCUCUGCUGCUCCGUGUUUUCCACUGGAAAUAAACUUUUAAUUUGAAUUAAACCCGGAAGGAACCCCCUGUGCUGCCUCAGCCCAUCCCAAUCCUGGUUUUUGGGCAGCCACGAGGGAAAUUGGGUGAAAAUUUCCCCUCAGCAUUCUGGAAUUCUGUGCAGAGCAGCCGGGCUCUGCUGCUCCACGUUUUCCAUUGGAAAUAAACUUUUAAUUAAAAUUAAAA